AUGUUCGAAAAUAAACUUCUUGCUCAAAAUGGCUUAGGGUGGCCAACGUCUAUUCAUGUUGCAAAAGGAAACGAAGUUCUUAUAAAACUACGUGAAAAUUUAGAAGACCAAACCACUUGUACGGUAUCUGAUCCAUUAGGACUUAAAUUUGAUGUAAAAUCACCGCCUAGUAAUAAGUAUCAAGAAUGGAGUGACGGCUGCGGUGUUAGAGUGCGGAAUAUAACUUUACAAGAUGGGGGUCGCUGGCGCCUGACUGCCUCAAAUAGCAGUUCAAAAUCAAUUACAGGCUGGACUGAAGUACAUGUACUAGAUAACACGAUUACGACGACGGCACCACCAAUAUCACUUCAAGAUGGAGAAACGGGAACGAAAGUUGAAUUAUCAUCAUUACACAAUGCAUAUUGUGUUGUAGCAAGGCCAUUUUCAGAAAGUUCCCUAGUACCUGGUAACUGUAGUGUCACAUUAGAUCGAACAACGAGAGCCGUUCAAGGAAACUGGCAAAUAUAUUUAGGUCUGCCCGGCCGUGUCACCGAACUUCAAGCCAAUCGACAUGUUACUGUGCAAACGGAACGUUUGGAUGUGGGAUAUGUACGAGAAAGUAAUAAUAAAUUGCAUCUUUAUUGCAAUAUUUUGCAUACAACGAAAAACGUGACAUUUUGCCGAUUUCAGAGGACAACGAGUAAUUAUGGGUAUAACGUCGUCGAUGGUUUAAGUGAUGGUAGCCAUAGCUAUUAUGGCCAAGGUUUUGCUUUUAAGCAAUGUGGAAUGACAAUAGAGAGGCCAACGGCGCAAGAUUAUGGAACUUGGCGCUGUUCUGUUGGAGUGCAAAUGUUUGUUGGUAACCAGAUCGUACAGCAGACACCUAUGCAAGCUUUGCUAAGCAUUGCACCAACUAAUUUGGCGAGAAACAAAAGAAGUGAUGACGAAAUAAGAACAAUUUUCGUUGAAGAAGAUUCUCCGUUUACAAUAACUUGUAGUUCUAAGGUUUCUCUAAGUUAUUGUUGGUUUCAACAUCCUAAUGGAACUCAAUUCACUCCUGUGCCACUUGUGGGCGAAGAACAGCUUUUUUGGUAUACCGGUCAGAGUCUUGAAGUAGGUGAUUGUGGUAUAACAUUUGCGCAUGCUUCAAGUGGUGAUGAUGGUAAAUGGUCAUGUUAUAUGGGGCCUCGACAAAGUUUAGGUGUAGAAAUGUCCGAUUCGGUUCAAGUGCGGGUUACGGGACCAUUAGCUGCGAAUCAAAAAGAUAUGCAAGUAAAUAUUGGUGGGAAUGCAACACUAUAUUGCCAUACGGCAAAUAAUAGAAGGCCAUUAAACUAUUGUCGAUUCCUAUCACCUACUUCAGUCGGAAUGAACAUUGACUCGUCAGUCACACCGGAAAACGCGAUAUUAAAUCGGUUCUAUUUUACACCUGGGAGAGACCUUAAUGCUGGGGACUGCUCAUUAAAUAUUUUAUCUGUACAAGAGGAGGAUAUCGGUAACUGGACUUGUGCUGCCGUAGUUGAUAAUGAAAUUUCGGAGUCGAGUGAUACCAUAUAUGUUUACAUCAAUGAUAAUUACUACAAUAAUCAAUACCAAGCUGGUAUUAUUGGAAUGGCUGUAGGUCUGUCGGUUCUCGUAGUAAUACUUAUUGGUUAUGUCUCAUACAAAAGACAAUGGAUUCGGUGGCCUAUCUUGAAAAGGGAGAACACGAAUAAUUAUACUCAGGAGAGAGCAGAUGCAGAUGCGUUUUCUCUUCAAACUAGAAGUACUUCUUCUGGCAAUAUUAGCUCCGCGAGCAGCAAUGAUUCGAUUUACAACCGUUAA